AUGUUUUUGCGACUAAAGAAAGAAUUAAGAUCAGGACGCUUCAACAACCAGUCGGCCCACGCAUUCACAACUCCGCCCGAUGAAAUUCCGCCGAUGCUGCCCGACGAUAACUUCCAAACAACCACUCUUAUCUCCGGUCUCAUGCCUGAUUCCUUCGGGGAAAUGUUCAACUUUCUUGAUGGCGACAGUUUUGGCAUAGGUCCAAUGCAUGAAUUUGUGUACGGUUGGCAAGCAAUCGUUAAUACGAUGUCCAUGAAAAACAACGUCGAAGUGCGCAAACGAGCCGGUCUACAACGGUUCGCACUAGCUGGCAUAAACGGCAUCACGCUGGUGUCCCACAUAGGAGUUACGGAGAUCAUGAUCAAUGGGACCAGGACUUACUGCUUCGGAGGCGUGUCCCGGCCUCCUGGUAGGCGCAGUGUUAUUUGUAAGGGAUCCAUGUACCAAGAAGGGCGCUUUUCCUGUAAAGUUCCGUAUCUACGAUACCCAUCAGUAUUUGGCUACAGAUACUGCAUUGAUAAAUAUGCAGCUGUCACCUCCAUUGACGGGACAUAUAAAAAAACUUACUGCGCCAGAGGAGAAUCUUUACCUCAGUUUCAUUAUGAUUACAUUUGUGAGCGACGUGAUAUCAAAAUCAAACAAGUAAAUCUUACCGAUUCUAACGAGAGGUUUAACAUUAGGAAUCCUAUAGUUCGGAGAGCGGAAUACUACAGAGCACCUUAUGACAUAUUGAAAGCAUGUCCAGAUUGGUACGGCUGCAACCUCCAAAUUUCUCAAGAAAUGUUACACCAAGAAUUUCCGACUGGUUUAAUGGAUGCUAAUGAGACUGCUUUCGUUGGACAUGGAGGAAAAUAUUGGUUAGCUCUCUAUUACACGCAGCUCUCGACGUACGCAAUUUACUUCCAAGCUCAUGGAGAAUACCCGUGGCAAUCGAAUAGACCUAUAAUGUCCGUCGAUAGAGGUGGAAUUUGGGAACAAUUACUCAAAGCGAAUAUUGGUCCAGAUAUGAAUUUGCACUACAAUCUCAAUGGCAUCUAUAAUAGAUUCUCAGGUUCAUUAUUCCCUGAUCUGAUGAGGAAUGAUGGCCAGGUGCAACCGUCCAACUUCAGAAGUGAAUCCCGUGAUGGAGGUCCAGAGGAUCUCAUUAUUGGCAACGCUGAGGGUAACCUCUAUUUAUCUUUACUACACGAUACUUUUGUAAAUACUAAAGUUUGCUUCACUUUAAAUUAA